CGGCUGGUAGCCGGGGAGCGCCCUGACUGUGGCCGUGGGGGACGCGCCCCCGAAACCCGGGGCUCUGAUCCAGACCUGGAAGCUGACCCCGGCCGGGCCGCCGCCCCUCGCCUCGUCUCCCCCAGGCCUGUGGCGGGCGCGCCCCGCGGACCGCCGAGCGCCCGGGGCUGCUGCUGACCUCCGGCAGGCCGGAGCCACCAUGUCCCCGGAAUCUAAAAAGCUCUACAACAUCAUUAUUUUAGGAGUUGCCUUCAUGUUCAUGUUCACCGCCUUUCAAACUUGCGGAAAUGUGGAGCAAACUGUCAUCAGGAGCUUAAACAGCACAGAUUUUCACGGCAGUGGAUAUACCAGCAUGGCGAUAAUUUACGGAGUGUUCUCUGCUUCAAAUCUGAUCACGCCAUCAGUGGUUGCCAUCGUGGGGCCUCAGCUGUCCAUGCUUGCCAGUGGCUUAUUUUACAGCAUGUACAUUGCCGUUUUUAUCCAGCCUUUCACGUGGUCCUUCUACACUGCCUCCGUUUUCAUCGGAAUGGCUGCUGCUGUGCUUUGGACAGCACAAGGGAGCUGCCUGACGAUGAAUUCUGAUGAGCUCACGAUCGGAAGAAACAGUGGAAUUUUCUGGGCCCUCCUACAGUCUAGCUUGUUCUUUGGAAAUCUCUACAUUUAUUUUGCUUGGCAAGGGAAAACCCAGAUAUCAGACAGUGACCGAAGGACAGUGUUUAUCGCCCUGACAGUCAUCAGCCUUGUGGGGACAGUUCUUUUCUUUCUCAUUCGAAAACCAGAUUCCGAGAAUGUCCUGGGGGAAGAGGACCCUUCUGAUGACCAGGACAUGGAAGUCAGCGAGCCUCCCCAGAACAACAUGACAAAGGCAGUUGACGCGUUUAAAAAGUCUCUUAAGCUAUGUGUCACCAAGGAGAUGCUGCUUCUUAGUGUCACAACUGCGUACACAGGUCUGGAGUUGACUUUCUUCUCUGGGGUGUAUGGAACCUGCAUCGGUGCUGUAAAUAAAUUUGGAAUUGAAGAGAAAAGCCUCAUUGGGCUUUCUGGCAUUUUCAUCGGCAUCGGAGAAAUUUUAGGUGGAAGCCUCUUCGGCCUGCUGAGCAAGAACAACCGUUUUGGUAGAAAUCCAGUUGUGCUCUUGGGCAUCCUGGUGCAUUUUGUGGCUUUUUAUUUAAUAUUUCUCAAUAUGCCCGGGGAUGCCCCUGUCGCCCCUGCUGAAGGCACGGACAGCAACGCUUACAUCAAAUCCAGCAAAGAAGUGGCCAUCUUCUGCAGCUUCCUGCUGGGCCUUGGCGAUAGCUGCUUCAACACCCAGCUGCUCAGUAUUCUAGGUUUUCUCUACUCUGAGGACAGCGCCCCGGCCUUUGCCGUCUUUAAGUUCGUUCAGUCCAUUUGUGCGGCCACGGCCUUCUUCUACAGCAACUACCUGCUCCUUCACUGGCAGCUCCUGGUCAUGGUGAUACUCGGAUUUUUGGGAACCAUUUCCUUCUUCACUGUGGAGUGGGAAGCCGCUGCCAUCGUGGCCCGGGGCUCUGACUACCGGAGUAUCUGACAGACGCGGUGGUGCCGGGUGGCGGGCGCUGCAGACAGCGGCUGAGCGCGGGCCGCGUGAGGAAGCCGCCCUUCGUCUCCUGACUCGAGGAUGCACUUUGGUGUGGGGCACCUGAGACCUCAGGCUGCCCUGUCUGCGCGUUGUAGCCACGUUGACAGAGCGUUUCUACUUAAAGUCAAAUCGAAUAAGGGAACCUUGUCCUGUCGGUUAUUGUCCGAAGAUGCUUUGAACAACUUUGAAUUGUUUGAAUUCAUCUGUCUCAAGUUCCAUAUGAUCGUGUUGUGGGGUGUGAACGGUUUCUUCUCGCUCCUGUUCUCGGUGAAAGAUUCCGCCUGGAUGCCGCGCGCUGGGCUGUGUGUCCUGUGAAGGGUGUGGCUGGGUGCGGGGCGCGUGCUCCUUGUGAUGACGGGAGCGCAGGCCGCUCCGCAGAUGUGUCUGGGAGUGACAUUCAAUAAAUCAUGAAGUGCUGAAGUAGACUCGUCUCUUUGGAAAGGUGGGCCCCCUUCUUCAAAUGCUGAUGUCUCUCACCUUCCGGUUCAUAGCAAGGAGUGACUAAGUAUUAUAAAACGAGGUACAAAUGUCUUAUGUCUUCAAAACUGAAGUUGAACAUUUGUAAAGGAGCAAAAACACAUAGAAAAAAACAGACACGUUUACUGGGGGAGCUUUUGCUAGG